AGGCCAGGCGGUGGCGCUGCUGGGAGAGGAACUGCCAGCGAGGCCAGCCCAGGGCUCUGUAGGAGCGCCUAGCGAGGCGGGGUGAGGUCGGGACGCUGAUCUUCCCGCAGGCGGAGCAGAUGGCGGCUCCGGGCUCCGGGCCCGGGCCACCCCCGGGGCUGGAGGCGGCCCUGCAGAAGCUCGCGCUGCGGCGGAAGAAGGUGCUGAGCGCAGAGGAGAUGGAGCUGUACGAGCUGGCGCAGGCGGCUGGUGGUGCCAUGGACCCCGACGUGUUCAAGAUCCUGGUGGACCUGCUGAAGCUGAACGUCGCGCCCCUCGCAGUCUUCCAGAUGCUCAAGUCUAUGUGUGCUGGGCAGAGGCUGGCGAGCGAGCCCCAGGACUCUGCGGCUAUGUCCCUGCCCACAUCGAGCAUGCCGGAGACCCGAGAGGCCUCCUUUCUCUCUGCCAAGAACUGUAGCCCCUCUGCAAGGCCCUCCUUUUCCUCGGCCCCACGGCCUGCGGCCUCUCCGGUUCUGCAUCACAGCCCAGCUGCCACGCACUCGCCUCUCUCUCCAGGGCCCCCCGGUUCCCUCCGGUUCUCUUGCUGCCUGUUCUCUCCUUUUGCAGGGAGAAACAAAGGCAGCACUGCUCUUGGUGGAGGCCCAGCCCUGGCAGAACGAAGCAGCCGGGAAGGAUCCAGCCAGAGGAUGCCCCGACAGCCCAGUGCUACCAGGCUGCCCAAGGGGGGCGGGCCAGGGAAGAGCCCCACCCGCAGCACCUGAGCCAAGCAGACACUGGUCAUGCCCACCUGCUGUGGGCUCCACCAACCUGGCCAAGGUUAUGUAUUAUUUUCUCCACUUGGUAAUAAACCUUUUUGAAAAACUGA